ACCAGCUAUAAAACCCCACGCCAGCUAAACGCCCCCAUUCAACACCGACCAGCACCAUCACUUGGAAGGUUCAAAUCUCCCAGCACUACUUGGUCGUGAAGGAAAGUGAGAGGCGAAAGCAGAGGAGGCCUGUAGCCAUGGCCUCCUACGACAAGGCCAUGGAGUCGUACAAGAAGGCCGUCACCACGGCGGCCUCCCUCGCGGCGUCCGCGAUGCUGGUGCGGGGCGUCGUCAAUGAGCUGGUGCCGUACGAGGUGCGUGACCUGCUCUUCUCCGGCAUGGGCUACCUUCGCUCGCACAUGUCCUCCCAGCACACCAUCAUCAUAGAGGAGACCGAGGGGUGGGCCAACAACCAGCUCUACGACGCCGCGCGGGCGUACCUGGCGACGCGGAUCAACACCGACAUGCAGCGCCUCCGGGUCAGCCGCGUCGAUGAGACCAAGAGCAUGAUGUUCAGCAUGGAGGAGGGCGAAGAGAUGGCAGAUGUCCACGAGGGCACCGAGUUCAAGUGGCGCCUUGUCUGCCGGGACAACUCCAGCGCCAGCAGCAGCAACGGCAACGGCCGUGGCGGCAGCGGCAAUUUCAAGCUUGAGGUCCGGUCCUUCGAGAUGAGCUUCCACAGAAAGCACAAGGACAAAGCCCUUACCUCCUACCUCCCUCACAUCCUCGCCGUGGCCAAGAAAGUCAAGGAGCAGAACAGGACGCUCAAGAUCUACAUGAACGAAGGUGAGUCGUGGUUUGCCAUUGAUCUCCACCACCCAUCAACCUUCAGCACCCUCGCCAUGGAUCACAAGCUCAAGCAGUCAGUCAUGGAUGAUCUCGAGAGGUUUGUCAAAAGAAAGGAAUACUACAAAAAGAUCGGCAAGGCGUGGAAACGAGGGUACCUGCUGUAUGGCCCACCUGGGACUGGCAAGUCAAGCAUGAUUGCAGCAAUGGCCAAUUACCUCAAAUUUGAUGUAUAUGAUCUUGAGCUCACUGAGGUCAACUGGAACUCAACACUUCGGAGGUUGCUCAUUGGGAUGACCAACCGGUCAAUUCUUGUCAUUGAGGACAUUGACUGCACUGUCGAGCUGCAACAGCGGGAGGAAGGUCAGGAGGGCACCAAAUCCAACCCUUCAGAGGACAAGGUGACACUAUCCGGGCUACUCAAUUUCGUUGACGGGCUUUGGUCAACAAGUGGAGAGGAGAGGAUAAUUAUCUUCACAACAAACUACAAAGAAAGGCUCGACCCUGCGCUUCUGCGCCCUGGCAGGAUGGACAUGCACAUUCACAUGGGGUACUGCUGCCCAGAGUCGUUUCGAAUCUUGGCCUCCAACUACCACUCUAUAGAUCACCAUGCCACAUACCAGGAGAUAGAAGAAAUGAUCAAAGAGGUCAUGGUGACUCCAGCAGAGGUCGCGGAGGUGCUCAUGAGGAAUGAAGAGACAGACAUCGCACUUGAAGGUCUUAUCCAGUUCCUCAAGAGAAAGAAAGAUGGCGCUGGCAAAAUGGAAAAUGUGGACCAGGUGGCGAAGGAGGAAGAACAAGAGAAAGAGAUGAUGACGAAAAGUGAUGUCCUAGACAAUGAAGAUCAGCAAGAUGGGAGCAAAGAAUGAUGCGUAUACAGUGUGAGUAUCAUAUAAUUAGUGCCAGAAACUUCCAGCAACAAUGUAUCGUUUUGCUAUAAUAAGAGAUCAAUUUUUUGGUAACAAUAUAAAUAUCUGGUAUUGUGAACAGUUA